UUGUGAACUGCUUAUACUGAUUAUUCAGGACGAAUUGUUCAGACCACUUUUCACAAAAUACCACAAAAGUACGAUUUGCCAUUUACUAUUCGGACACUGUUCAUUUUUGGACAAGGCUACGACGAGUCACAAUUAGAUUAUUUGACUUGAUCAUUUUAAAAGAAUCUCUCCUGAUUUCACGAGUUUAUUUCGAAGACAUCUUAAGACGUGUGCUCAGAAAUCCGCAGAUAAACAUAAAUUAUUUUAUUUUAUUUUUUAUUUUUAAAUCAGCAGCGUCUGCUGUCCUACUGAACGAACAUUGUCUUCAUUCACACCGUUUAAUUUUAGUCCAUUUAUGGGUUUUAACACAAUGGCCACGCAAGUGUGUUGUGUCCCAACUUUCUCAUCACUUUAUUUGCACGCUGCACCCUCUGUCGUUGUGUUGGGAAACAUCUCGCUUUACACAAGUCAGGUACUGAAAGAGGAAUUGUGUAAAUAAGUUGACUAGCACGUCCUGAGGCCAAUAAGAGGAGAGUAGCCUACAUUAACCCAUGCCCAGUAGGGGAUGGGCUACUUUGCUGCGUCUUAACUUGGAUGAGAAGAGAGGGUUUAGACUGAUUACGACAUUAACUAAAACGAAUGGCAUAAACUCAGAACGCUAGAGUCAGCGACGGGAUAUCCCAGAGGAAACCAUGCAGGCUAGAUAUGGAGCGCUUUGGGAUACUAUGGAAUUCUCUUGGAUUUGGCUUAUUCUCAGCAUCGAAACGCUGGUGUUGGUAUGCGGUCAAAAGGGCGAUGGGUGUGGACAUACAGUCCUCAGUCCCACCAGUGGCACACUGACCUCGCUGAACUUCCCGGGAACCUACCCUAACCACACCCGGUGUGAGUGGAGCCUAAGGGUAGCGAAGGGCCUGACGCUGCUCUUGACCUUUGGGGACUUUGACUUGGAGUGGAGCCAAGACUGCAUAUCUGGCUCUCUUACCAUCACAGACACCAAUGGAGCCACUAGAGUGGGUCCUCUGUGUGGGCAGUUGUCCAGCACAAACAGGAAUAUAUCUGUGAGUACUAAUGAAGUAACAGUGCGUUUCAAGUCCGGCACUCACCGUUCAGGGCGCGGCUUUGUCAUGUCCUAUUCAACCAGUCAGCACUCAGAGCUCAUUUCAUGUCUGCAUCGAGGGACACAUUUCUCCUCUCAGCAGAUUAGUGCAUUCUGUCCUGCAGGCUGCAAAGGUGUUGCAGGAGAAAUCUGGGGCUGGCAUGGACAAGGCUACCGUGAUACCUCUGUAUUAUGCAAAGCUGCAGUCCAUGCAGGGGUUAUUUCAGACAGUUUGGGGGGCAUAUUCAACGUGUCUCUGCAGAGGGGCAUUACCUUGUAUGAGUCGAACUUCGCUAAUGGAGUACUGUCGAAAACCGGUUCCCUGUCAGAUAAACGUCUUGUCUUCCACAGAGAGUGUGACAGGGAGCUAACAGUGGUGGCCUAUAACACUUCUUCAGUGUGGGAGGAGGUGAACAGACUAGGACAGAAGGUCUCCUGGUCUCCAGGACAUGAGGACUCUCAGUGGGCUGCGAGCUCUGGAGACCAGCAACCCUGGAUGGAGCUUGAGCUGUGGAACAGGAGUAGUGUCACAGGCAUCAUAACAAAGGGUACACCACAUUACUACAUUGAAUCAUACUCCCUCAAGUUCAGCAAAGACCGCAAAAACUGGAAGUUCUACAAAGCGUCAUCAAGCAAAGACAAGGUGUUUGAGGCCCAUUCUGAUGGUCAUGUGACGGUACUCAACAGUCUGAUUCCUCCAAUAGUAGCACGCUACAUCGUUCUAAAACCCCAGAAGUGGCAUAUCAGGGCCUCUGCGAAGGUUCAAGUGUUAGGCUGCCCUUCUGCCCCCCUCAGACCGCGUUACUAUGGAGAUGAAAUGAAUACUGGGAAGGCAGUUGUCACAGAGACUGUGCCUCUACAAACUCUGCCCACUGAGAGUCCUGUCAUCAUAAGAAGCUCAGGUCCCAGUCAAGCAGUGAUGUUAGUGGCAGGCAUGGUUUUGGGAUCCGCUCUGUGUGUGGGUUGCCUUUUAGCUGGGCUUAUUUGGCGGAGAAGAAAAAGAAAUGCACAAAUAAAGAAAUGCUGUGUUGACCAAGGCUGUCAGGGUUUCCACGGGAAGAAGCUUCCGUGCACAAACCCAGAGCUUGUAUCUUACCCUCUGGUUCGGAACAUCCACGAUGCUCUCCCCAGCCCUCCUCUCAAUGACUAUGCUGAGCCUGAUGUAGUAGCAGGUGGGCAGAUGAUGGGACUCACAUUCCGACCCCCAUUGGAGGAGGGCUAUACCAUCCCCUUCACCUUCAACCACUACGACACCCCCGGACAACUUCCCGAAUACACCGAUCCCCUACCGCCCGAACCAGAAUAUGCAACACCCUUCAGCGAAAUGCCCACAGACUCAACACUGGACAGCCGACAAAAUCUACCGGUAUGUCGAUCUGCACAGGGCGCAAGAGCAGAGCUGGGCAAACAGCAAUAUGACUGCCCUGCCCACAGAGUGAUCUCAAACGGGUACUGUACUCCAGUCUCACAUGGUACUAGCCAACAUAAGGCUAGCGUGAUCUACUUUGAGCCCCAAACGGUAGAACCACUAUUGCACACGUACCAUGAGCCACUUUGAGCCAACAUGAAAUCUCGAAGCAAAUUUGUGAAAUUUUGCUGUUAUACUGCUGUUUAUAAUGUAACCUAAUGAAUGAUACAAUGAAAUAUGAUGUGUUAAAAAGCAUCAGGGAUCAGCAUGUAAUAUGAAAUUAUUAUUUGGGUGUUAACAAAAAUGUAGGAUAUCAGAGAAGUGCUUUUAUAAGGAGGGCUGUAUUGUUCAGAUGACCACUCAACCUAUGUGUAUUUUUAUUUAAUGUAAAUGUGGGUGUUUUUUUUUAUCUGUAACUAAUCAGAAUAUAGUCCAAGAGGAUUUGUGUCUGUGUGAUUUCAAACCACUGAAGUAUUCAAAAAUAUUUUAAAUUUUUUAUAGUUGUAAAAUAAUUUGUGACAUUUUUAAUACCAAAUCUGUACUGUUUGUAUCAGAGUUUAUGAGAAAUACAUCCUAUGCUUGUAUAAACCCCACCUGUUACAUAAAUA